AUGUUGCUUCGAAUUCAAGCCGUUGUUCUGAAUAAUCGCCAGAGAAUUCUUGAGGCGUAUAUCAAUGCAGGCGUUAACCCCAAUAUUGUGUCAGCAGAACACGGAAUGGGGUCACUACUAUUUUUAGCCGCUGUAUCUAAUUAUUCUGAUAUGGUCGAAUUUCUAUUCGAGAAGGGGGCUGAACCCCGGCGAAGGCAGACGUCCCCGGCAGAAUGGUCUAUAUUGGAUGAGGUGGGAGUAUACAUCGACACGGAGAAGGCGGUAGAGGAUUGGGGGAAACGAUGUUAUCAUUCCUUGAACGCGGUGAAUGGCCUGGAUAUCCAUCACACAUUGGGAGACACAUGUUUGCUCCACUAUGCUGCUGGAAUUGACAAUCAGCAACUACACCAACCGGCCCUAGACGUAGCAAUUUCUAGUGGUAUCACGAUGAAUGUUGGGUACUUACUCGACAUGGGAAGCAAGCCAACCUUCUAUUCCCUAGAAGACGCAAUCAGAAUAUGCAAUACGGGACGCUGCGGGGAUAGAGUGAAAUGUCCAUACGGAAGUGGAGGAUGGAUAGCAUGGAAGCUUAUAUGGGUUCGUUAUGUGCAGUUGAUUGCAAUCAAGCUUGAUCUUGACAGCGUGGAGGCCGCUUCGACUAUUGAAAAGAUUUUGCGUAAUGAGUCGCAGUCUGUUCAAUGGGAAGAUACAGAGGAUGGAAGUUUAUACCUGCCUGAUUUAUUCCGGAAGAUGAGCCGGCGUAGCCAGUCGCUCUAUGCGCGCAGGCUUGAGUUCAGGAGAUAUGAAGUGAGAUUAACUGUAGCGAGAAGAAAACUUCAGGAGCUGGAGGACAACCUUGACCGGUCGAAGCCUAGUUGGUGGCAGACUUUGGAUCAAAGAGUACCCAGAGAUACGUCUGUCUGCCGCAAGAUAAUCCAGGAAAUUGAGAAAGCGAAAGGACGUGACUAUGUUGAAGAAAAAGUAAAAGGGCUUGAGGAGAUUCUGAAACUGAGGCAUGAGGCUGCCGUGGAUUUGCCAUAG